CAUGCCUGACUAGCAAUGGUGUUCUCCAGCUGAAUAUUCUGCUGAUCUGCGGUGUAGUUUUUCGUCUGCGCGGUCACAUUGUCAUGUGACGAGAUUAGCCAGCUCUUUCACUUCGUGGUGAAACGCCUUGUGAAAUAGUAAACAGUCCCCACCAACUAGUCCUCUGCACAUGUUUCAGAUUGGAUCUUAUGGCUGCAGUCCGUUGAGGUUGUGGAGGAAGUGAAGUUGAACCAGCCAUGUGACCCAUGUAUUAGUCGCCAAGGCCACAGACCGUCUGGAGUAGAGUAGGUGAUCAUAUACUCCGAAGAUGACUCGUCCAACCUGGACGAGAUGCCGCUCAUGAUGUCGGAGGAAGGCUUCGAGAACGAGGAGAGCGACUACCAGGCCCUGCCCCGCACCCGGCUGAACCGGAGGCCGCGGGGCCCGGGCUGGUUCCUCAUGGGGGGGUGGAGGAUGCUGUGUGGAAGCUGCUGUGACUGCCUGGCCCGCACGUGUUGGAGGAAGAAGGAGCUGAAGGCGCGCUCCGUGUGGCUGGGCUGUCCGGAGAAAUGCGAGGAGAAGCACCCGCGCAACGCCAUCAAGAACCAGAAGUACAACUUCAUCACCUUCGUGCCUGGGGUCCUCUACCAGCAGUUCAAGUUCUUCCUCAACCUGUACUUCCUGGUGGUGGCGCUGUCCCAGUUUGUCCCGUCGAUGUCCAUCGGCUACCUGUACACGUACUGGGCUCCCCUGGUGUUCGUGCUGUCGGUCACCAUGGUGCGCGAGGCCGUGGACGAGGUGCGGCGCUUCCAGCGGGACAAGGAGAUGAACGGCCAGCUCUACGAAAAGCUGACCGUCAGAGGUAAAGUUCAGGUGAAGAGCUCGGACAUCCAGGUGGGGGACAUGAUCAUCGUUGAGAAGAAUCAGAGAAUUCCCGCCGAUAUGAUCUUCCUGAGAACAUCGGAGAAAAACGGGUCCUGCUUCAUCAGGACCGACCAGCUGGACGGAGAGACGGACUGGAAGCUCAAGAUAGCGGUCGUCUGCACGCAGAGGUUGGCUGCAGUGGGGGACCUGUUCUCCAUCCGGGCCUUCGUGCACGCCCAGAAGCCCCAGCUGGACAUCCACAGCUUCGAGGGAAACUUCACCCGGGAGGACUCUGACCCCCAGAUCCACGAGAGUCUCAACAUAGAGAACACGCUGUGGGCCAGCACCGUGGUGGCCUCUGGUACGGUGAUCGGGUUGGUGAUCUAUACAGGCAAGGAGACCAGGAGUGUCCUGAACACGUCCUCGGCCAAGAAUAAGGUGGGCCUGCUGGACCUGGAGCUGAACCGCCUCACCAAGGCCCUGUUCCUGGCCCAGGUGGUGCUGGCCUUCGUCAUGGUCGCGCUGCAGGGCUUCGUGGGACAGUGGCUCCGCAACCUCUGCCGAUUCAUCGUGCUGUUCUCCUCCAUCAUCCCCAUCAGCUUGCGGGUCAACCUGGACAUGGGCAAGACUGCGUACGCCUGGAUGAUCAUGAAGGACGAGAACAUCCCGGGCACCGUGGUCCGGACCAGCACCAUCCCCGAGGAGCUGGGGCGGCUGGUCUACCUGCUCACCGACAAGACAGGCACUCUGACCCAGAACGAGAUGAUCUUCAAGCGUCUCCACCUGGGGACGGUGUCCUACGGGACGGACACCAUGGACGAGAUCCAGAGCCACAUCAUCCAGUCCUACGCCCAGGUGGUCCCCCAGCCGGCCAACGGCGUGGCCGGCGGCGCCGCCCCCUCCAGGAAGCCCACCGCGGCCGCCCCCAAGGUCCGCAAGAGCGUGGUGAGCCGCAUCCACGAGGCGGUGAAGGCCAUCGCGCUGUGCCACAACGUCACGCCCGUGUACGAGGCCGGCGCUGGGGACGGCGGCGAGACAGAGGCGGCGGAGGCCGAGCAGGACUUCAACGACCACAGCCGCACCUACCAGGCCUCCAGCCCCGACGAGGUGGCGCUGGUGCGCUGGACGGACAGCGUGGGGCUGACCCUGGUGCACCGGGACCUGGCCUCCCUGCAGCUCCGGACCCCCUCCGGGCAGGUCCUCACCUUCCACAUCCUGCAGAUCUUCCCCUUCACCUCCGAGAGCAAGAGGAUGGGCAUCAUCGUCAGGGAGGAAGCCACAGGUGACAUCACGUUCUACAUGAAGGGGGCGGACGUUGCCAUGGCGACCAUCGUCCAGUACAACGACUGGUUGGACGAAGAGUGUGGGAACAUGGCGAGGGAGGGUCUGAGGACUCUGGUGGUGGCCAAGAAGUCCCUAUCGGAGGAGCAGUACCAGGACUUUGAGAGCCGCUACAGCCAGGCCAAGCUGAGCGUCCACGACCGCAGCCUGAAGGUGGCGGCGGUGGUGGAGAGCCUGGAGCGGGAGCUGGAGCUGCUGUGUCUGACCGGCGUGGAGGACCAGCUGCAGGCCGACGUCCGGCCCACGCUGGAGCUGCUGCGCAACGCCGGCAUCAAGAUCUGGAUGCUGACGGGGGACAAGCUGGAGACGGCAACCUGCAUCGCCAAGAGCUCCCACCUGGUGUCCCGGAGCCAGGACAUCCAUGUCUUCAAACCGGUCUCCAGCCGUGGAGAGGCCCAUCUGGAGCUCAACGCCUUCAGGAGGAAACACGACUGUGUCCUGGUCAUCUCCGGAGACUCCUUGGAGGUGUGCCUGCGCUACUACGAGCAUGAGUUUGUGGAGCUGGCGUGCCAGUGCCCCGCCGUGGUGUGCUGCCGCUGCUCCCCCACGCAGAAGGCCCAGAUCGUCACCCUGCUGAAGCAGCACACCUCCAACCGCACCUGCGCCAUCGGUGACGGGGGUAACGACGUCAGUAUGAUCCAGGCUGCAGACUGUGGUAUCGGCAUAGAGGGGAAGGAGGGUAAGCAGGCGUCCCUGGCAGCAGACUUCUCCAUCACGCAGUUCAAACACAUCGGCCGACUGCUCGUGGUGCACGGGCGGAACAGCUACAAGCGCUCGGCCGCCCUGGGCCAGUUCGUCAUGCACCGCGGCAUGAUCAUCUCCGCCAUGCAGGCGGUGUUCUCCUCCAUCUUCUACUUUGCCUCUAUCCCCUUGUACCAGGGCUUCCUCACGGUGGGCUACUCCACCCUCUACACCAUGUUCCCCGUGUUCUCCCUGGUGCUGGACCAGGACGUCCAGCCCGAGAUGGCCCUGCUCUACCCCGAGCUCUACAAGGACCUGACCAAGGGCCGGUCGUUGUCCUUCAAGACCUUCCUCAUUUGGGUGUUCAUCAGUAUUUAUCAAGGUGGCGUCCUGAUGUACGGCGCGCUGGUGCUGUUUGAGUCGGAGUUCCUCCACGUGGUGGCCAUCUCCUUCACCGCGCUGAUCCUGACGGAGCUGCUGAUGGUGGCGCUCACCGUCCGCACCUGGCACUGGCUGAUGGUGCUGGCCCAGGGGCUCAGUUUGCUCUUCUACGUGUGCUCCCUCUUCUUCCUCAACGAGUACUUUGGCAUUGGAAGGAUAUCCUUGGGAGCUUUCCUUGACCUGCCCUUCAUCACCACGUGGGUGUUUGUGUGGAAAGUGUUGGCCAUCACGCUGCUCAGCUGCCUGCCUCUCUACAUCAUCAAGUACCUCAAGCGCAAAUUCUCCCCGCCUAGCUACUCCAAGCUCUCCUCUUGAUCGCUGCACAUUCCGUCAAUGCGCCUCUUGGGAAUUCCAAAACUCCAAAUUCCGGAAUUCAGAAUUUGUGGUCGGAUUUUGGCUGGGGUUUCUUCAUUCGUUCUUUUUCUCGCUUGAGUCACUUUUUCGUCGUUUCUAGCAGCAAUGAUCAACCUCGAUACUUCUGGAGUUGGAAGGGAAAUAUUCGAAACGGAAAAAGCAAAACGAGUCACAUUCGCUGUUGUCGCAUGGACUUGGGAUUACUUGAAAAGACUGAAGCACACAAAGAUUGUUUUUGUUUUGUUUGUCGUUUUAAAAAGAUGAGUUGUCAAGACGAGGGUGGCAGGCUGUGAAGGACCACUGAUUUUUCGAAACACUGGGAAGGCCCCUCGGCUUCGCUUUGCCUUCUUCUAUUGGACGCCAAUCAGCUCCAAGCAUCAUUUUAUACUCGAUACUCUAAGCAUUACUUUGGAUGUACACCUUUUCUUUUUUUUACAUGUGGGGUCCCAAAAAAUUUUUUAUGAAUUUUUAGUACUGCAAUUAAUUCAGUGACUUCUCAAAUCUGAUGUGUUGAUUUUCACACAGUAUUCGAUCCAACUGUACAGUUGUGUGUUGACCAGAUAGAUUAAAACCUUUACAAAGACAAAAGAAACCAUUAGCAAAAUAAGAAUCGACUAACAAACGAUGCAUUCCGCCAUGUUCACCAACGUUAUUAUUUUACUUUUCUCUUACUUUAGCCUCUCAGUGCUUCUGCUAUAGUAUGAACAAAUUACUUGGCUAUAAGAUGAUGCUGAAUAUUUUAUGAAUCAAAUGUCCAUCUAAAGAUCAACAUCAGUAUUUCUAAUCAAGAGGAAAGUGGACAAAUUAAAGGUUGGAUCUUGGUUACAGAAUGCGUCGUCAUUAUGUUGACAAUCAUGUUAGGUGUUUAAAAGGAGGGUAGGAAGUUAGUGACUCGUAUUAGCUGGUUUUUUUAAAAAAAAGCCAUGCCUUCGCUUUAAGGUGAUUCUUGCUGUACUCCUUAAUAAUAGAACAUUUCAUAAACAUAAUCUCAAAGUAUAGAAAAUGUGGUCGGGUGUUAAGCGAGCACAAUUGUUCUCAUACUAUGGCCUUUUAUUUAUAUUCCAUGGUUCAAUCUGUAGUCCGGAUCAGACCACUCGCGCUGUGCCUCAUCAGUAUGUUGAUGUUUUACAAGUCAAUGUACACAAGCCAACUGUCUCGUCAGUCUUCAUCCACCUCACUUGUCCAUCGGUCCAAACUGUUUCUCUUUGCAUUCCUGAAAUCUUUCCCACACACACGUUUGUGCGUGUGUUUGUGUGUGUGUGUGUGUGUGCGUGUGCGUGACAAACUGUAUUCUGAAUCCUGCUGUUGAUGAUUUCUUGGUUAUUUGAAAUCUUUCUCACUGCUGCUCCUCCUCCAAAGGUUAUCACCAAGGUAGCCAUGUCCUGAGUCUUACGGGAAUGAGUUUUAUCAUUCUCAGGUCUGUGUUCUCCCUGGGUCCCCAAUCAGUGUCUAGAACCGAUGUGGUUUUUUUUUUUAAAGUCUUCAACGCAGUGUUGGCGGAGCUACGUUGGGUUGCUAGGUUGCUUUCAUUUUCUGAAACUCCAACUGAUCUAAUUCCUGAUUGUUAUUUAUUGGGUUUUAAAUGUGUCAACUUCAACCCUUGAAUUAUAUCUGCUCACCAAAGAUGUGGAAUGUCCGUUUGAUGCAAAUUGCAUCCAGGGUAUCAAUCUGUUUUUAAAUGACUUCUCAAAGUGUUAAUUUCAGUGUUUCUUUCUGUUGAUGAAUGGUGUUAUACAAAUGUCCCCUAAUUGUGUACUUGCUCACCAUAUCUAGGCACUUCUGUUUCUAACCCUAUGACCAUUAUUUAUAAUGUUAUUAUCGAGAUGUUAGCAAUAAAAAAAAAAAAAUGUAACAAUA